CCCAACAUAUCCCCAGGUUUAUCUAUCUCACAUUGACGUCAUGUCUUCAGCUCAGCAACGCCUGAACCAGGUUUCCUCCCACUUCGGCCCCGCCGGCAAGAAGGGAGCUGCCUCCAUCACCGAGAAACACCCCGAUGAUAUUGUCGUGACGUGUGCUCUGCGGACUGCCCUGACCAAGGGUGGCAAGGGUGGCUUCAAGGACACCGCUGCUGCUGACUUGCUCGCCGGUGUCUUCAAGGCCGUGAUCAACAAGAGCGGCAUCGACCCCAACGUCGUUGAGGAUGUUGCCGUCGGUUCCGUCCUGCCGCCCGGUGGUGGUGCUACUGAGUUCCGUGCCGCUGCCCUCGUCGCUGGCUUCCCCGAGACUACCGCUGUCAAGGCUCUGAACCGUCAGUGUUCUAGCGGUCUGCAGGCCAUCGUUGACAUUGCCAAUGCUCUGCAGUCUGGCAUGAUCGAUGUUGGUAUCGGUGCUGGUGUUGAGAGCAUGUCUUCUCAGUACGGCCCCGGUGCCGUCACCGAGUUCUCUGAGCUCCUUGAGAAUCACCCCGAGUCCGCCAACUGCAAGGUCCCCAUGGGUGUCCUGUCCGAGAACAUGGCCAAGGACCGCGGCAUCCCCCGUAGCUCUCAGGAUGCUUUCGCCGCUGCCUCCUACCAGAAGGCCCUCAAGGCCCAGAAGGCCGGCCUCUUCGACGAGGAGAUUGCUCCCCUCGAGGUCAAGUGGACCGACCCCAAGUCCGGCGAGGAGAAGACCAUCACCGUCAAGGCCGAUGACGGUAUCCGUGACGGUAUCACCGCCGAGUCCCUCGGCAAGAUCCGCCCGGCCUUCGCCAAGGACGGCUCCAUCCACGCCGGUAACGCCUCUCAGAUCUCCGACGGUGCCGCCGCCGUCCUGCUCAUGAAGCGCUCCACUGCCGAGCGCCUGGGCCAGAAGGUCAUUGGCAAGUACGUUUCCGCCAGCAUUGUCGGUGUCAAGCCCCUGCUCAUGGGUAUCGGCCCCUGGAAGGCCAUCCCCGUUGCUCUUGAGAAGGCCGGCAUCACCAAGGAUGAUGUCGACAUCUACGAGAUCAACGAGGCCUUUGCCUCCCAGUGCGUGUGGUGUGUCAACGAGCUUGGUCUGCCCCAAGAGAAGGUCAACCCCAAGGGUGGUGCUAUCGCCUUCGGUCACCCUCUUGGCUGCACAGGCUCUCGCCAGGUGAGCACGCUUCUGACCGAGCUCAAGCGCACCAACAAAAAGAUCGGUGUCACUAGCAUGUGUGUUGGCACUGGUAUGGGUAUGGCUGCCGUCUGGGUUGCCGAGUAA